AAGAAAGGAAAAAAAAUGAACAGUGUAGCACGCUCGUCCUCGCACCCAUAACCCAGUGUCGGGUCCGACCUGAGCUCCGCUCCAUCAUUAUAACCCGCCGUAAUCUCUCCGACAACAACCCUGCGCCACCGUUUGGGUUCUCGUCAGGGCUCACUUCAUCCACGUUCGAAUAAUUUGACAACACUGUUUGCUUGGUGCUGCAUCGUUCUUGCUGAUUCUGGCGCUGUUCCGAGUUAUUGUUCGACAUUCGCUCUCAACUUUGGUGCUUUCGCAUUUUGCUGGAUCUAGGCUAUCGAUUCCAGGGCAAGCUGGCUAUGGACUACGAGCCCUACGAUAGUAGUGCUAGGAACAGGGAUCCCUGAACAAGAAAGCAUUAAGGAGGAGGAAGAAUGAAUAAAAGAAACAAGGAAAAGGGAACUGAUGAUGAUCUGCCACCAACCCACCAAAAUAGAAUUCCCAGAGGGGGACGUCUUGCUGGGAAUGGAAGAUCUGCUGUAGGGUCAGUUCCAUAUCCAAGGAUGUAUGGUGAAACUGAUAUGGAAGCUCAAAUUCACCAACUUGAGCAGGAAGCCUACAGUUCAGUUCUACGAGCGUUCAAAGCUCAAGCUGAUGCCAUUACUUGGGAGAAGGAGAGUUUGAUUACAGAACUUCGAAAAGAGCUGAGGUUAUCAAAUGAGGAACAUAGGGAACUUCUAGGCCGGGUUAAUGCAGAUGAUGUCAUACGAAGGAUAAGGGAGUGGAGACAGGCAAGUGGCCAUCAACCUGGCUUGAAGAGUACUGGCCAAGCUAUACAUGAUUCAAUUUCCAGUCCGACAAUAUCUGCAUCCCGUAAGAAACAGAAGAUAACACAGUCUGUACCAUCACAAUCUUAUGGUGGGCCAUCUCCAACAUUCCACCCCCAAACAACGGCUGCACCCCACCAACCAUCUUCAUCUGCUGCAAAACGAGGACCUGUCCCUGGACCCAAGGGAAAGAAGAACAAAUCUGGUCAACUGUUACCUGGUGUUUCUUCAAUGAAGCAGUACACUUCCUCAGGACCAGGAGGAAGGAAUCAAAUGAUCAAUAGAGUUUCUUCUGGUGCUGUCAUGGGUGAGCCUGCUGAGGGCACUUCAUAUGAUCAAUUGAUUGGUAGGAGAGUUAGGACUAGGUGGCCUGAUGAUAAUAACUUUUAUGAAGCUGUUAUCACUGAUUACAAUCAAACUGAGGGUCGACAUGCUCUGGUCUAUGACAUGGGCACUGCAAAUGAAACAUGGGAAUGGGUUAAUCUAGCAGAGAUAUCUCCUCAAGAUAUUCAGUGGGUCGGGGAGGAUCCAGGAAUCAAUCACCGUGUGUCCUAUGGUGGUUCUAGUCAUGGGAUGAAUAGGUCUGUUGGUCGUGAUAGUGUUCCAGGAGCUGGAAGAGGUAGAGGAGGCACAAAGGGGCAAUCCAGGAAAGACAUUUUACCUUCACAGAAUGGUAUAGGAAAGAAGGGUCCGGAUGAUAUUCAAUUACUUCAUACAGAUACACUAAUAAAGGAGGUUGAGAGGGUUUUCAGUGCAAAUCAUCCUGAUCCUGUAGAAAUUGAGAAAGCCAAGAAAGUAUUGAAGGAGCAUGAGCAAGCUCUUAUUGAUGCAAUUGCAAGAAUCGCGGAUCUUUCCGAUGGUGAAAGCGAUGGGGUUGGCCGCCAUUUCUCACAUGCUCAAUCAAUGGAUCGAGAAUGACGAUGUAUUAUAUUGUCGUGGUGGCCUGCAUGCUCAUGCGAGAGGCUGGACUUCUCUUCUUGUACUAUGCCGUACAAUAUAUUUCCCUAACACAUGAUUCAUAGAUAGCUCUUGGCUUUGGGUCUUAUUCGAUUAGGAUGACAAUGACCAUUGUUGUAGCUUGGCAAUAAUUAUUUCGUUAAGGUUAAAAAUUGACGUAGGACCCCAUCAGCUGUUGCUUUGUAUCAUACCUUCUCAUCAGUGAUCAUCAGAUGUGAUAUGAUUGUGUAUAAAUUUGAUCUCCUUCUUUUGUUUACAA